AUGAGGCCCAGGCGGAGGCGAUGGAGGGUUCACCGCCGCCGCCGCCCGCCCAUUCCUCCAGCAACAGGUUCCCCCGGGAGCGGGAGGGGCCGGAGUGAAGUACAGCUCGCGGCGCGGAACGUCCCCGGGCCGGCGAUCCUGCCCUGCGCUGGGGGCAGUUCCCUCCGAACCUGCCCGGUGUCCCCGCCGGACUCCCUCUCCCGGGCUCGCUCGCCCCGGCGCGGCCCGGAACGCACUCCAUCCUAA